CUGUCCUCCAGUUCGCAAAGCCAAUUAUUCAGCUCCAAUACCUUUUCUCUACCUGUCACCAACCGAUGAAAUAGGCACAUAAUCAGUCGAUAGACUCGCCACCCAAAGAAUCCCAGACUGAAAAAGGAAUAACCAGCGAAGGUCCAGCCAGAAUGGCUCCCUCCAAGACCUCCAGUCCCGCGGCGCCCUCAGCCAGCGCGCGACCGUCCCUCGAGCAGAACACGAACCCGGACUUCAUUGACCCAUCCUUCGAUCCCGCCGAAUACCUCAACAAUGCACUCCCUGCCCUGACGCUGGCGUCUUCGCAGUCGAUCCCCAACAGCAACAACAGCAGCAGCAGCAGCAGCAAUCCCCGAGGCGCGGCGCCGGGAUCCUCCUCUUCCGUUCAUUUGCCCGAGAUGUCCACACAAAUCCAGUCCGUUCUCUCGCAUAUCAGCGCGCACAAUGUCCGGCAUUCGAGCACGCUCACGCGACUGACCGAUGAGAUCUUGCGGGGCGGCAGUCGGUUGGCCUACGAAGUGGAGGUGCUGCGCGGCGAGACGAUCGCGUUGUCGGAUACGCUCACGGAGGCGCUACGGGGGGAUAUUGCUAAAUAUGUCCCGGAGGGUGUGAAUGAGAGUUCGGGCAAGGAGGUGGACCAGGAGGAGGAGGAGGAGGAGGAGGAGGAGGAGGACACCGAAGCUGCUACGAUACAGGAUCCGGAGUUCAUUACGAAAUUACGUAUGCUGAAUCAGGUGCGGGCUCGGUUGGAGGAGGUCGUGCAAACCUUCGGGGAUGCGAUGGAGUGGCCCGUUCCCCCGUCGGAGACCUCCCUGGCUUCGUCGUUCAUCUCGGUGUCGGCGCCGGAGGCCGGGCCUGAGAAUCAGAGUCGAGAGGAGAAGGGCCAGGAGGUGGCCAGGCAGCUGCGGGCGGAGGUGACGGGGCUUCUGGAGAGCAAUGGUGGCGGUCUGGAGGCGGUAGAAGCUGCGUCGCGCCGGGUCGAGGCGCUGCGGACGUUGGCGUUGGUCUGGAAGGGGACUGCUGAGGAGAAGGCUCGGAAUCGCGUUGUGGACAGCCUGGCAAAAAUCGUUGAGGAUCGUCGCAGAGCUCUAGAAAGCCAGACCCGCGCGGGCUCGUCCCAGCAAGCGUCUGGCUCUUCUACUAAAGCACAGUCGGCUGGCCACCGGCGGCAGGAGAGCGAAGGCCCAGCCGGUGGUAUUUUCCGCAACUUGCAGCGGUUACGAGAGGAGAUCUAUCUUGAAUGAGAUGAUGGAUUUUACAAUCAUUAGCAUAAUUACGUCCCUGCAAGCAAAGCUUCUCACUAACGACUCGAUCUGUUGCAUGUCACUGGUGCGGAAGUUCUUGGAAUGAAUGCCUG